AUGUCUCGUUCUCCUGCUUCUGAUCAUCCUCUAAGGACGCUUGGCACAUCCAAUCCGCAGCCGACCACAUUCCCGCAGUUCAUCCUCUUCGGCGACAGCAUCACCCAAGGCUCCUCCCAAGUCCUGUUUGCCUCCUUGGCCGAAUGGUACUCUCGCCGUCUCGAUGUCGUCAAUCGUGGGUUCAGCGGCUACACGUCCCGCAUGGGCUAUGACAUCCUCCGGCAAUUUUUUCCGUCAGACGCUGCUCCAUCGCCAACCACACCGAGAGUCGAGCUGAUGACCGUCUUCUUUGGUGCCAACGACGCUUGUCUAUCUGGCCACCCACAACAUGUUCCUCUGGCCGACUAUCGACAAGCUCUCAAAUCCAUCAUUACCUCACCGGGCGUCGAGUUGCACCAGACGAAAUGUGUCCUGAUCACUCCACCGCCCGUGGAUGAGUGGCAACUCGGCUCGGAGGAGAGAACUGCAGAACACACGGCAACAUAUGCUUCCGCGUGUCGAGAGGUGGGGAAAGAAACGGGCAUCCCCAUCCUGGACCUCUGGACAAUAUUCAUGACCAAGGCUGGCUGGCGGGAAGGUUCGACAGGUGCCUUGAUAGGGUGCAAAGACGCACCGAGGAAUGCGGUGUUGGGAGAAUUGUUGAGUGACGGAUUGCAUUUCACCCCGCAGGGUUACCAAUUGAUGUACGAAGAAUUGGUCCAAGUGAUCAAAGAAAAGCUACCGGAUCAAUUGCCAGAGAAGUUACCUAUGAUCUUCCCUGACUGGAAGGACAAGCUGGGAAUUCUGGAUUAA